AAUUUCUGUAAAAACUUAAGGCGCUCGUUGCGCGUGAAAUCCAAAGGCGCGUCGAGAUACACCGCGGCCGAAGGUUGCCGUCCAUCGGCAACGGUGUCAUUGAAAAAUAAAGUGCGAGCAUCGCGACAAAAUACUAUUGUUUUGCUUGGUCUCUGCUGGCAUAACAGAGACGAGGAGAGUGUAGAGUGUAUGCGAGUGCAUUCGACAUACUAACACCAGUCGGUAUAUUCGGCAUGUUCGUGUACAAUGGCAACCUUGACACUUGGUGAUCGUUUUUGGCGGCUUCGUCCCGCUUCUACUGAAAUCGUGUUUGGUAGGAUCGCGCGACGCGAGUGAAAGCGACGGUGGCCAUUCUGUAAAAUCUCUCUCUCGAGGAGUUUGGCAGUAUCGGUGUCGGUGAAAUAUUCGUCGCGCUUCAUGCUAAUGGACAUCGUUUCGUUCUCCCCAGUUUCUUUUCCGUGAUUGGAAAUUUCGCCGUGGCUGUAGCACCCGGUGUGAAAUACUAUCGUUCGUUAAAAAAAAAAAGAGGAGAUACAUUAAACAAGCGACAAGCCACACCAAAUAUCUUGCACGUAUAUAUCGGGAAUUGAGGGAAAUAAACAGUUAAGGUUAGACAACCGUGAAAUCAUAAUUAAAUAGAUAUUGUACUACGUUUAAGUGAGACAUGUAUUUUAAGGAAACUCUACUCGUCCCGAAUGGAAUUUAUGCCCAUUAAUUUUCUCUUGUAAUAUUUCUGUAUUGUACGGUUUGACGACCUGAUUCUCUUCUUUUGUUUAAGAAUCAACAGUGAAAACAAACUAUGCUAUAUAACUGUAUCAACAUGUUGUGUAUAUGCGAUCGUGAACUGCACUGUACGUGUAAACAUAUGUGAAGGCUAGAUGAUUCUUACUUUCAAGCGAAUUUAAGAAAGAACGAUUUGUUUAAAUUUUACAAAAGAAGGGAAAACGGAAUUUCAUUGCCGAAUUACGCAGGAAUUAUCCGACACGAUAUUGCGAGACUUUUUCUCCCUUUCCACGCUUUAGAUAGGAAAAUCGGAACAAUACAAACCGAGAUGUGAAUCUUAAAUACAUGUUCGUCGAAAACAAUACAAAAGAAAAAAUAAUAAAUUUCGUGUGACUUCUAUACCUGCAUGUAGAUAAUUAUUGUCACAUAUGACAAAUUGUUAUCAUCACGGAAGAUGCAUCUUACAUAGUGUUACAUACAAAACUAUUACAUAGUUAGUGUAUAGACACGGUCGUGAAGUUUGUAUAAACAAAAGAGAAAAAAAAAACAAUGUUCGUGUGAGUUCUGUAACAGUGUGCGUCUAUUCUGCAUAUCAUAAAUCGAAUACUACUUCUAUAAAAACAGGAAAAAUGGCACAAAUGAAACAACAAUUACCACUUCAAAUGCCAGAUUUAAGUAGUCUUCGCAUAACUACGGCUGUUUCCAUGCUUGGUAAAGCAUAUGGAUGUGGACAAUGUAGUGCUCCCCCACCUGGACCCACAACAAGUUCUUCUGUUGGAGCAGCUGGAGCAACUGGAAGCAGUGUUGUAGCUCCUAGUUCUUUAGGACUUGUUUCCACACAACAAACACACACUCCUCCUCAACCUCCUGAACUGCCAAUGUUUUCAUGUCCUCGGAGACCAAAUAUAGGACGUGAAGGCAGGCCAAUUGUCUUAAGAGCUAAUCACUUCCAAAUAACAAUGCCACGUGGUUAUGUGCACCAUUAUGAUAUUAAUAUUCAACCUGAUAAAUGUCCUCGUAAAGUUAAUAGAGAAAUAAUUGAAACAAUGGUUCAUGCAUAUAGUAAAAUAUUUGGAACUCUUAAGCCUGUAUUCGACGGCAGAAAUAAUUUAUAUACAAGGGACCCCUUGCCUAUUGGUACUGAUAAAAUAGAAUUAGAGGUAACACUGCCUGGUGAGGGUAAAGAUAGAGUUUUCAGAGUGGUAAUAAAAUGGGUGGCUCAAGUUUCAUUGUUUGCUUUAGAAGAAGCUUUAGAAGGACGUACUAGACAAAUUCCAUAUGAUGCUAUACUUGCUUUAGAUGUUGUAAUGAGGCAUUUACCAUCUAUGACAUAUACUCCAGUAGGUAGAUCAUUCUUUAGUACACCAGAUGGAUAUUAUCAUCCAUUAGGUGGUGGCAGAGAAGUUUGGUUUGGCUUUCAUCAAUCUGUUAGGCCAUCUCAAUGGAAAAUGAUGCUAAAUAUUGAUGUUUCUGCAACUGCAUUUUAUAAAGCACAACCUGUCAUAGAAUUUAUGUGUGAAGUAUUAGACAUUCGGGACAUAGGUGAUCAAAAGAGACCUUUAACAGAUUCUCAACGAGUUAAAUUUACCAAAGAAAUUAAAGGACUUAAAAUUGAAAUCACGCACUGUGGGACGAUGAGACGAAAAUACAGAGUGUGUAAUGUUACGCGUAAACCUGCUCAAAUGCAAUCAUUCCCAUUACAACUAGAAAAUGGACAAACGGUCGAGUGCACGGUCGCAAAAUAUUUCUUAGACAAAUAUAAAAUGAAACUGCGUCACCCAUAUCUUCCAUGUCUUCAAGUUGGACAAGAACAUAAACAUACAUAUUUGCCACUUGAGGUCUGUAAUAUUGUCGCUGGACAACGUUGUAUCAAAAAAUUGACUGAUAUGCAGACUUCUACUAUGAUAAAAGCUACAGCUCGCUCUGCUCCAGACCGUGAACGAGAAAUAAAUAACUUAGUUAGAAGAGCUGAUUUUAAUAAUGAUUCAUAUGUUCAAGAGUUUGGUCUAACGAUAUCAAACAAUAUGAUGGAAGUUAGGGGUCGUGUUUUGCCUCCACCCAAGCUACAGUACGGAGGGCGCGUAAGUUCCCUCAGUGGACAGACGAAGCAGCAAGCUAUACCUAAUGGUGGUGUUUGGGAUAUGCGUGGCAAACAGUUUUUCACUGGCGUGGAAAUUAGAGUUUGGGCAAUUGCUUGUUUUGCUCCACAAAGAACUGUACGCGAUGAUGCAAUACGUAAUUUUAUAGCACAAUUACAAAGAAUAAGCAAUGAUGCUGGAAUGCCAAUUAUUGGGCAACCAUGUUUUUGUAAAUAUGCUACUGGGCCAGAUCAAGUAGAGCCCAUGUUUAGAUAUCUUAAAGCAACAUUUUCAUCAUUACAACUUGUUUGUGUUAUAUUACCUGGAAAAACACCUGUAUAUGCUGAAGUUAAAAGAGUAGGAGAUACGUUAUUAGGUAUGGCAACACAGUGUGUACAAGCGAAAAAUGUUAAUAAAACGUCACCUCAGACGUUGUCGAAUUUAUGUUUAAAAAUUAAUGUAAAAUUAGGUGGUAUUAAUAGUAUUUUAGUACCCACUAUUAGACCGAAAGUGUUUGACGAACCUGUUAUAUUCUUUGGAGCUGAUGUAACUCAUCCUCCUGCAGGAGAUAACAAAAAACCUAGCAUAGCAGCAGUAGUUGCUAGUAUGGAUGCUCAUCCAUCUCGGUAUGCAGCUACUGUUAGAGUUCAACAACAUAGACAAGAAAUUAUUCAGGAACUUAGUUCAAUGGUGAGGGAACUUCUUCUUAUGUUCUACAAAAGUACUGGUGGAUAUAAACCACUUAGGAUAAUUCUUUAUCGCGAUGGGGUUUCCGAAGGCCAAUUCCUUCAUGUUCUGCAACACGAAUUAACUGCCAUUCGUGAAGCUUGCAUUAAACUUGAAGCUGAAUACAGACCUGGAAUAACAUUUGUUGUAGUCCAGAAGAGACAUCACACUCGUCUAUUUUGUUCAGAAAAAAGAGAUCAAAGUGGUAAAAGCGGAAAUAUACCAGCCGGCACAACAGUUGAUGUUUGUAUAACACAUCCAACUGAAUUUGAUUUUUAUUUAUGUAGUCACCAAGGCAUACAGGGCACAUCACGACCAUCACAUUAUCAUGUUUUAUGGGAUGAUAAUCGUUUUGAAAGUGAUGAAUUACAAUCUCUAACUUAUCAAUUAUGUCAUACGUAUGUCAGAUGUACGAGAUCUGUUAGUAUACCUGCACCAGCAUAUUAUGCUCAUCUCGUAGCAUUCCGAGCCAGAUAUCAUUUGGUAGAAAAGGAGCAUGAUAGCGGGGAAGGAUCUCAUCAAUCUGGCUGUAGCGAAGACAGAACACCAGGUGCAAUGGCAAGAGCUAUCACAGUUCAUGCAAACACAAAGCGGGUUAUGUACUUUGCAUAAUUCUUCUUUGAAUUUUUCUUAGACACAUAAAUAAAAUAAUAAAAAUGAUACCAUAAAACGAUAAUCAUCAUAUCUUGCACGUGGAUAUUUCUAGACUACUUAAAUGUUGGACAAUCUUCUUGAGUGGUCAAUUUUUUUGCUUACUUUUAUAAUCAAAUAAAUCUGUCUAAUACCUAAAAUACGAAUUUUAUAUUAAGCUUGAUUUUUUUUUAUGUUCUAUUUAAUAUAUUGUCGACUAGGUUUUAGACGGAUUUUUUAACAUGUUAGCAAGUAGUUAUUAAAAAAGGUGCUUUUAGUUAAUCAUGUUUUAGAUUGAUGCAGCUUGAUUGAUGGUCAUUUCGCGGUAAAGACCACACAAAUGAACAAUUUAAAGAAAUCAGCUGCCGUGUAUAUUACGCUUAUUUUUUCUUUCUUUUCUUUUUUUUUUUUUAAGAGGUUAAUUUUCCUCUAGCACUUGUAGGAUAAAAAAAGGUCACGUUAUAAUAUAAAUUCACGAUUGUAUAAAUCGCUUUUGCAAGACUGUUAUCGUGUGUAUAGAUAAUUAUCAUUUGAAUCAGUCACUUUUUUUUUUUAAAGAAAAAAAUGAAGAAAAAUAGAUUAUCAAGUCGUGACGAUAUUGGUAUAUAAAAUAUUGGUAUAUAUGAUCUAUUUUCAUGUUUGAGCAUAUUUGUUAUUGUAGGUAUGAGACUACAAUUCUUUAUAAAUAUAUUUAUUAUAUUUAUCAUAAGCAUCAAAAAAUUUGACCACAUCAAGUACUGAUUUGUCAAUAGGAAAAUAUAACUGAAUAAAAAAUUUGUAAAUGUUAAUUGUGAAGGUCUUCGAGUCAAUGGCCAAAGUAAGUUAAGAAUCUGUAAUAGAAUCCAAAGUUGUGGCAAGUUGAUAAAACAUAGUGUUAUGUAAUAUCUUUAGUGUUGUAAAGAACAUCGUGCCACAUUUGCUAAAUAAUAUCUUUUGUAUGACAAACUUUCAAUGAGAAUAAAUCUAAUGUCAUUUUUGGGAUUGUUUAAGACAUGUAGAACAUUGACCUACACAUAUAGAUCAAAAAUUUUUUCACGUGACUAAGAAAAAUUUCAAAAGAAUCAAUUCGAAGUUGUUCUUCAUAAUAAUAAGUAGAAGGAAAUAUGAUUUGAUCGUUGAAUUAUAAUUACGUAAAAAAAUAGCAUAUUACGUCUAAACAAUUUAAUAUUACAAAUCGAAAAUCCAGAGAUACACGUUUUAUUUUACUUCCUUUAGUUACAUAGAUGUUAUUUUUUGCAUGUGGAACGAGAAUCGCGUAGCUUGAACUGUGGUAGUACUUUAUUCAUAUCAAUUAUGCACUGACAUGUUUUUGAAGGUAAAUGAAUAGCUACGUUUUAUCUGGCAAAUGUGAAAUGGUAAAUAUGAAACAUCUCUUCAGGCAAAACAAGUACUUUUAAGUGAAAUCUAUAUGGCAUUAGAUCCGAGCUAACAAUGAUGCUCUAUCAAUACAGAAAAUAAUUCGAAUAAGAAUAGGAUAGGAAUAAUUCAAUAAAUGCAAAAUAAAUCAGAAAUAUAAUAUGAAAUUAUUAGGAUAAGCUACAUUUUAUUUGUCAUACAAAUUUUAAGGUCCUCAAGUUUUUGUUUUAAGAAAUUCACCAUUCAUGAUUCAUGUGCAAAUGGAAUCUAUGUAAAUGGAACACAAUAAUUGUAUUAAGAGCCUUGCAAGUAACUACUAUGUAGAGGCAAUAGAUAGAAUAAUUGAAGCGUAUAAAUAUGUAUUGAUGCUGUGCUCCACAAAUUGUUUAUUAUAUACUAUUAGAAUCAUUAAUACACUAGCAAACUUUUUAUCUUGAAUUUAUAAUGCACGUAAUUCUUUAAAAUAACAAUUUAAUUUUAUUUAACACAACAGUAUUAAUAACGUUCAAACAUCAUAUCAUUGCAUGAUUGAGCAAACUAAAAAGUUGUGAAACUUGUUGAAAGCUUUUAACAAAUAUCCGAAUGGAGUUCUACAAAUUUUAUUUAAUCUAGGAGCCAAUUCACAAAUAGACAAUAAAUACAGAAAAUUUAGUCUAACGUUUGAUAUUUUAAUAGUGAUCCUAGAACACAAAAGAGAAUCCAAGAGAGAAAUCGUUUCGAAAAAGAAUUAUUAAAUAUUGGAAUCGAAAGAAAAAAAUUAAAUAUUGGAAGUUUGGAUAAUAGUGUAAGUCAUCAUCUGAAAUUUGUAGAACUUUGUGCAUUAAUGAUUCUAAUCUUAGACUUACAAGAGAUACAAUGUUAAUAUUAUCUUGGAAAGUAUGAAAAGGACCUUAAUCUAUCAAUUAUAUUUAUUCUAGUUGUAAAUUUAAGUCUAUAAUGUAGGUUAUCACUUAUACUUAUAAUGUUUAAUAUCUAGUUUUUGACUUUAUAACAGAUUAGAUAACUUGUUAAAUAUGAUUUGAGCAUGGGUAAAAAUUUGAAAGUUUACAACGAUAGUUCAGCGGUUGAAUCAGUUCCAAAUAAUUGAAAACACCAAAUAGUGAAAUCGGUAUGCAAAGUAAAAGAAGAAAUUACAAGUUCUGAUCAAUGAAAAGAUAAAAAAAAAAAAGAAAAAAUUAUUGUUCGCAAGAGUAUGAAGAUACCAAAAUAUGAAACGUGAAAAUCUUAAAUAUUAACGAAUUACGAAUCGAUUUGAAUCGUAAUAAGGCGCCAUAUGGAUCUAUUAGAUUUAAGUCAAUCUAAAUGCUGCGAAAUGUUGCGGCAGGCAAUCGGUGCGCAAGUAAAUACCAAAAUUCAAGCAAAUAUCGAAGAAUUAAAAGAUCAAAAGUAAAAUAUUCAUUAUUCAUGUAGCCCGAAGUAAAAAGCGUUCAUCGUUCUAUUAUUCAUAUUUCGCAUUCAUAAACUAAGCAAUCCUUUGUAACGAGAUUUUUUCUUAUAGGCUUAUGCGGUAGCAUUUGAUAUUUUCCUGCGCCCGAUCAAAAACUAGCCUCCAUUUGUAAAUAUACCUCAGUAACUUAUCCAUACAUCACUAUCCCAUUUAGUAAAUAAUGCUCGGUGGGCAAUAGAUGGAAUGUUUUACGAAAAUUUUUGUAAUUUUUAUUUAAAAAAACAAGAUGAAUUAGUUAUACGUUAGUUUACUGAUCUUUUAAAU